AUGAGACUCCCCAAACUCCUCACUUUCUUGCUUUGGCACCUGGCUUGGCUGGACCUGGAAUUCAUCUGCACUGUGUUGGGUGCCCCUGACUUGGGCCAGAGACCCCAAGGGGCUAGGCCAGGAUUGGCCAAAGCAGAAGCCAAGGAGAGGCCCCCUCUGGCCCGGAACAUCUUCAGGCCAGGGGGUCACAGCUAUGGUGGAGGAGCCACCAGUGCCAGGGCAAAGGGGGGCACCGGGCAGACAGGAGGGCCCACACAGCCCAAGAAGGAUGAACCCAAAAAGCUGCCCCCCAGACCGGGUGGCUCUGAACCCAAACCAGGACACCCUCCCCAGACAAGGCAGGCUGCAACAAGGACUGUGACCCCAAAAGGACAGCUUCCUGGGGGUAAGGCACCCCCAAAGGCAGGAUCUGUCCCCAGCCCCUUCCUGCUGAAGAAGGCCAGAGAGCCUGGGCCCCCUCGAGAGCCCAAGGAGCCGUUCCGCCCGCCCCCCAUCACGCCCCAUGAGUACAUGCUCUCGCUGUACAGGACGCUGUCCGAUGCUGACAGAAAGGGAGGCAACAGCAGCGUGAAGUUGGAGGCUGGCCUGGCCAACACCAUCACCAGCUUUAUUGACAAAGGGCAAGAUGACCGAGGUCCUGUGGUCAGGAAGCAGAGGUACGUGUUUGACAUUAGUGCCCUGGAGAAGGAUGGGCUGCUAGGGGCCGAGCUACGGAUCUUACGGAAGAAGUCCUCGGACACAGCCAAGCCAGGGGCCCCCAGCAGCAGGCGGGCUGCCCAGUUGAAGUUGUCCAGCUGCCCCAGCGGCCGGCAGCCGGCAGCCUUGCUGGAUGUGCGCUCCGUGCCAGGCCUGGACGGAUCUGGCUGGGAGGUGUUCGACAUCUGGAAGCUCUUCCGAAACUUUAAGAACUCGGCCCAGCUGUGCCUGGAGCUGGAGGCCUGGGAACGGGGCCGGGCCGUGGACCUCCGUGGCCUGGGCUUCGACCGGACUGCCCGGCAGGUCCACGAGAAGGCCCUGUUCCUGGUGUUUGGCCGUACCAAGAAACGGGACCUGUUCUUUAAUGAGAUUAAGGCCCGCUCCGGCCAGGAUGAUAAGACCGUGUAUGAGUACCUGUUCAGCCAGCGGCGAAAACGGCGGGCCCCACUGGCCACGCGCCAGGGCAAGCGGCCCACCAAGAACCCCAAGGCCCGCUGCAGUAGGAAGGCACUGCAUGUCAACUUCAAGGACAUGGGCUGGGAUGACUGGAUCAUCGCACCCCUUGAGUAUGAGGCCUUCCAUUGUGAGGGGCUAUGUGAGUUCCCCUUGCGUUCCCACCUGGAGCCCACGAACCAUGCAGUCAUCCAGACCCUAAUGAACUCCAUGGACCCUGAGUCCACACCACCCACCUGCUGUGUGCCCACUCGACUGAGUCCCAUCAGCAUCCUCUUCAUUGACUCUGCCAACAACGUGGUCUAUAAGCAGUAUGAGGACAUGGUGGUGGAGUCUUGUGGCUGCAGGUAG